AUGGGUGAGAAUAUUGGAAUUUCGUAUCAAGAAACGGGGAAGGGGAGAGAUUUGGGUAAUCAUGGUGAGUCUGGUGAGGUUGCGUUUGGGCGGGAUUUGAGCUUGCAUCCUGAUAUGGAGAGGCAGGGGUCUGGUGGUGGAAGGGAAAGCGCGGGGGUGGCUGGAUAUGUGGCGUCGGAAUCUGGCGGAGUGCCAUUCCCCAUGCAGGAGGUUGUUCCAAGCACCAGUGCGAUUGCAGCUAAUAUUAGAAACCGCAGUUUGAAGGCGUCCAAGGGCCAGAAGAUGGACGGUGCCAGGAGGUCUGGUUCGACGUUUUCGGAGUAUAUCGGGGAUGGGAUGAGGCACGAUGAAGAGGAAGAGGAUCAAACGUCGAUUCCGAUGAUGGUCAAGUCCAAGGCUCUUUACCAGAAUCCGCAGACUCCGACUGUUUUGCCCUCUAAUUAUCAGCCCAUCAACCAGUGGUCGCAGUUCAAGGACCGGUAUCUCAAGGAGUUUUUCGCCGAGUUUUUGGGGACGCUCGUUUUGGUAUUUUUUGGAGAUGCGGUGGUUGCGCAGGUGAGGACGUCGUCACAAUCGCGUACUCGUUUGUUUCUUUCCAAAUUGGACGAGGGGUCGCUUUCUGCAGAUACAAUCUCAUACCUGCAGUACUUGGUCACGCCGGAUGUUGCUGGAUCAGGUGUUUCUGUGUCGCUAUGCUGGGCCGCUGGAGUUGUUUUGGGUUUCUAUGCAUCUGGGGGAUCGGCGAUUUCCGGUGGGCAUUUGAACCCUGUGGUGACGUUGGCCAACUAUUUUUUUAGAGGGUUGCCCGCUAGAAAAGUUCCUAUUUACUGGGCCGGGCAGAUGCUGGGUGGUUACUUUGGUGGUUUGUUGACGUUUUGGUAUUAUCAUUCUGUUAUAUUGGAAAACUUUCCUGAUUGGAGAACCAAUGAGGCUGUCAUUGGCUGUUUCUCCGUGGUUCCUUUGCCGUACUUGACUCCAAGCAGACAGUUUAUUAGCGAAUUGGUCAUUGGUGCCUUGUUGAUCUUGGGAAUUUUUUCACUUACUGAUCCCUAUACCUGUCUGUCUCCGGAUUUGUUCCCUGUGAUGUUAUUCUUGUUGAUUUUUGCUCUAUUGGCUGCUGGUUCAUACCAGACAGGAGCAGCUUUAAAUCCAGCGCGUGAUAUAGGUCCGCGACUCGCUAUGUGGACUGUCGGUUUUGAUAGAUCGCUGCUCUGGAGUAAACAUCAGCACUUCUUCUGGGUUAUAUUGACAGCACCAUUUAUUGGUGGGUGUUUGGGGGCUUUGAUAUACGACGUCUUGAUUUUCCAAGGCCACGAGUCGCCCGUCAACCAACCGGUCGCCGUUUGGAUGGCUAAGUUGAGAAGGAAGAUAAGCCCUAGAGGAAGCAAGAUGAGUAAUGACGGAUCUUACGGUACAAAUGCUGACCUGUCGAUUUCUGAAAAGGAGAUCCAAAUUAGCGACAUCCAAAGCAAUCGUAAAGUCUCCCACAGGGAUGUUGCCUUCAAGUCUGCUUCCAAUAACGCGAUGACGGUGGGAUCGCAAAAGCAGUGA